AUGUCUACAGAGGGAAAAGUUGCCGCUGCUGCAGAGACCGCUGUUCAGGAACAACCCGAGCAAGUUAUUUUAGGUGAGGAUGGGCAACCUUUAUCGAAGAAGGCGAUGAAGAAGUACUUGAAGGAGCAAGAGAAGUCGAAGAAGAAGGCGGAGCGUGCCGCGCAGUUGCAAGAGGAGAAGGAGCAACGUGAGCGCGAGUCCGCUGCCUCGGACACCGCAAAGGACCACUACGGGAAGUUGCCUCUGAUCCAGUCGACCACCAGAACCGGGGAACGUCGUGUCAAGUUCCAAGAACUGGGGGCCGCGCAGGACGGUGAAGCGGUGUGUUUCAGGGCGCGUGUCCACAACACGAGACAGCAGGGUGCGACUUUGGCCUUUUUGACUUUCAGACAGCAGGCUGAUUUGAUCCAAGGUUUGGUGAAAGUGCAAGACGAUGGAUCCGUUUCGAAGCAAAUGGUCAAAUGGGCCGGUGCGAUCAACUUGGAGAGUAUUGUCCUUGUGCGCGGUGUUGUUGCGAAGGUCGCUGAACCGAUCAAGAGCGCCACUGUGCAGGACGUCGAGAUCCACGUGAGAGAGAUUUUUGUCAUUUCCGGUACUCCACAAGUGUUGCCCAUCUUGUUGGAGGACGCCUCGCGGUCCGAAGCUGAGGCUGAGGCUGCUGGAUUGCCAGUGGUGAACUUGGACACAAGACUGGACGCUCGUGUCAUUGAUCUGAGGACUGUGACUAACCAGGCGAUAUUCCGGAUUCAAGCUGGUGUAUGCUCUUUGUUCCGCGAGUUCCUAAUGAACCGUCAAUUUAAUGAGAUCCAUACCCCGAAAUUGUUGGGUGCCCCCAGUGAAGGUGGUGCGAACGUUUUUGAAGUUGGGUAUUUCAAAAGUAAAGCGUACCUUGCACAAUCCCCGCAGUUUUACAAGCAACAAUUGAUGGUAGCUGAUUUCGAGAAAGUGUUUGAGAUUGCACCUGUGUUCCGUGCUGAGAACUCGAACACGCACCGUCACAUGACCGAGUUCACGGGGCUCGACUUGGAGAUGACCUUUGAGGAGCACUACCAUGAGGUGUUGGACUUACUCUCUGAUCUUUUCGUGUUCAUCUUUGGUGAAUUGAAGAAACGGUUCGCCAAGGAGAUUGAAUUAGUCCGUAGACAGUACCCUGUCGAGGAGUUCAAGUUGCCAGCUGACGGUAAGAUGGUACGGAUCAAGUACAAAGAAGGUAUUGCCAUGUUACGUGCCGCUGGGCGUGAAUUGGGUGAUUUCGAUGAUUUGUCCACUGAAAACGAGAAAUUCCUUGGUAAACUGGUUCGUGAGAAAUACGACACCGAUUUCUAUAUCUUGGACAAGUUCCCGCUGGCGAUCAGACCAUUCUACACGAUGCCCUGUGCUGAGGACGGGAAUUACUCCAACUCGUAUGAUUUCUUCAUGCGCGGGGAAGAGAUUCUUUCCGGUGCUCAACGUAUCCACGACCACGAGCUUUUGAAGCAAAGAAUGGAGGCCCACGGUCUGAGUGUGGAGGACCCAGGUUUGAAGGACUACAUCGAGUCCUUCAGUUACGGGUGUGCUCCACAUGCCGGUGGUGGUAUUGGUCUUGAGAGAGUUGUCAUGUUCUUCCUGGACUUGAAGAACAUCAGAAGGGCCUCGUUGUUCCCAAGGGACCCAAAGAGAUUGAGACCAUAG